AUGAGGGCUGCUGCCAUCCUGGCCCUGGUUGGCUGCCUGGCCACCAUCACUGAAUCCAAAGUCUACACUCGCUGUAAACUGGCAAAAAUAUUUUCGAGGGCCGGCCUGGACAAUUACGAGGGCUUUAGCCUUGGAAACUGGAUCUGCAUGGCGUACUACGAAAGCCACUACAACACCACGGCUCAGACCGUCCUGGAGGAUGGGAGCGUUGAUUACGGCAUUUUCCAGAUAAACAGUUUCACGUGGUGCAGACGUGCGAAGACGCAGGAGAAGAACCAUUGCCACGUUGCCUGCUCAGCCUUGCUCACAGACGACCUCACCGAUGCGAUCAUCUGUGCCAAGAAAAUCGUGAAAGAUACCCAAGGGAUGAACUACUGGCAAGGCUGGAAGAAGCACUGUGAGGGCAAGGAACUGUCUGAGUGGAAGAAAGGGUGUGAGGUUUCCUGA